AUGUCAGAGCGUAAGAUUGCUAAGAUCAAAGCCCAAAACGGUAAUGGAGCCGCAAAGGGGCCUCGGAGUAAAAGCAUAGAACCCGAGAAGAAACCCGGUGGUUUACGAGCCGAUCGACCAUUGUCCGUGGUUGAUGGAGGAGUGUUUACAGUGGUGCAAAAUGUGUCGAAAAGUUUACCGAAUAUCAACAAAGGAAAGGUGAAACAUGGAGAUGCACAAGGAGAUGAAAAGAAGAAAAAAAGAAGGAGGAGAAGAAAGGAAAAGGCUCCAUCAAUAGCUUCCGACACAGAACCACCGCCACCCGAUUUGAAAGCGAUUGAAGCGGAGAGUCGAAGCAAAACAUUUUGGCGUCAUAUGAUUUGGAUGGUCGUUCUUUUUGUGUGGUCUGUUUUCGGCGGCUUGAUCUUCAGCGCCAUUGAAGGUGGUCACGAUCGAACUUUACUUCUACAAGAGUACGAACGGAAAAAGGAUCUCUUCGAUAAACGGCAAAGUUAUCAAGAACAAAUAUUUAAUCGCUUUCGAAAUAUUGAAGAUGAUGUGCAGAAUUACGCGGAUCGGCGAGGGUUGACAUUGGACGAGUCAAAGAUGGGACUUGUGAGGGAUGCGUUGGAGUGGUAUGAGAAAAAGUUGGGUAUUGUGGUGGAAGAGCCGGUGAUGGAGGACACGAAAUGGGAUGUUUUCGGUGGAAUCUACUAUUCGGCGAGUCUCUACACGACGAUUGGUUAUGGUAACUACUAUCCUCGGACGACAGCCGGUCGAAUCGUUUCAAUGAUUUACGCCUUCGUUGGCAUUCCUCUUGUUUUCACUAUUUUACUUGAUUGGGGAUUUUUGUAUUUCACAUGGAUUGAGUACUUUUGGAAUCACAUGAAUCAAAAACUUUGUCAAAGUCAAAUGGCCAAGGAAAAGGAGAAGAAGCUGCGGAAUGAGAGGGUUCGUCGAGUGGGCAGUGAACUCUCGUUGAGAUCCACAUCCACAAUGCCACUUCUCUCUGUGCACACCGCAAAUCGUGAACUCGUCAACAACACCGAUCAUCAUAUUGAAUCAAAUAAACCGCUUCAAGAGCUCGAGUUGUUGCUGGCUGAGAGUGAACAAGUGAAAACCGUGCCGUUAAAGUCAGCUCUCAUCUUUUUCAUGAUGUGGAUUUGUUUCUCGGCGGGCGUCGUCCGUUUAUGGGAAUUUGAUUGGUCUUACUUUACGGCUUUCUACUUUUUCUUUACUUCAUUGACAACAAUCGGUCUCGGUGAUGUUGUCACGAAAUCUCCAAAGUUUAUCAUGUUCCAAUUGUCGAUGACAUUGGUUGGGUUAUCAGUUGUCGGGUUGAGUAUCGCCAUUGUGCAGAGUAAAGUCCGUUUGGUGUUCGACCGAUUGAUUCGAUCGAUCGAUGCCCAGUAUCGCAUAAAACAGAUCGAUCAGAAUGUGGCCACGAUGAGCAUCAUCACCGAUGAAUAUGAGGGAAUUAAGCGGUUAUGCGAUUCACAACCGCUUCAAGAUCGUCUCGUUUUCAUUGCGAUGGACGAGCACAAGAUGAGUAUGUUGAGGGAAAGGUGGAGACAGAAAAGUCGAAUGAUUAAUCGAAUCACUCAGACCUAUCCCUCGAAAGCUGACAAAUUUGUGCAAACAGGCAAUCGGGUCUACGAUCAGCCAAAUGUUGGCGAAGAGGGUGAAUGGGAAUCCGAGUGCUCCUAUUCGGACGAAGAGGGUUCAUCUGAUGAGAGUGAUGCGGGAGAAAUGGAUGAAUUAGGAAGAAGGCUCCCGCCUGCAAGGAAAUACAUCUACACCAUUUUUGAU